AUGACGCCUUGCCCAGUCACUACGCGGGCCACUGCUCCACUGACGGAGAUCCUGGGGCACUUUGAGCAUUUCACGGGGCUGCCCGUGGUGGACGGCGAGGGGCAGUGCGUGGGCAUCGUGUCUGACAUGGACGUCGCGAGAUGCCACAAGGGGGCCCUCGCGAGGAGCGCGGCGGAAGUCACUGUGGGGGACGUCAUGAGUGCGCCAGCCAUCGUGAUAGUGCAACACGCGCCCGUGGCAUAUGCAGCGGGGCUCAUGCUCAAGCACAAGGUGCACCGGCUGCCAGUAGUAGAUGACCAUGGGGUGGUGGUGGGCAUUGUCACGCGCACUGACAUCUAUGAGCCCAUGCUGCCGCCCGUCAAUGCGCUGCUGCACCGCGCCACCGGCUUCAACCCCAACGACUUCCCCAAUUUCUAG